AUGACUGAGAAGGAUGUUGCAUUGCAAAAGGCAGAAAAAACUGUUCUUGCGGCAAAAGAAGUUGAGAAAUCGGUAGAGGAUCUGAAACUCAUUUUCACAAAGGAAUCAUUGGGGUCUGCACAUGCUACUGAAACUGUCGUAGAAGCAAACCUGAGAGAUGCACUGGAAGAACCAGAUACAAAAACUCAUGGUUAUAUUAAAGCAGCUGUUCCUUCUUCAGAAAAGGAACUUGAAAACACGAAGAUCAACAUUGAGAAAGCAAAAACUGAAGCUAACUGUUUGAAGGUGGAAUCUGCACCAUUGAAGUCAGAACUGGAGAGAGUAAAAUCAGAACUUGUUGCCUUUCAAGAGAGAGAAGGGAUGGCAUCAAUUGCAAUUGCUUCUCUUGAGGAUGAGCUGAUAAGGAUAAAGCCGGAGAUAGUAGUUGUUCAGAAGAAGGAAAGAGGAAAAAGAGAGAAGAAAAUGGAACUCGUCAAACAACUACAACAGGCAGCUCAAGAUGCAGAGAGGGCAAAAGUACUUGCUCGGAUGGCUCAAGAAAGGCUUCAGGAGGCGAAGAAAGAAGCUGAAGAAGCAAAAGCAGGAGCAAGUACCAUGGAAAGUAGAUUACUUACAGCUCAAAAGGAAAUAGAAUCAGCUAAAGCUUCAGAGAAAGUGGCAUUAGCAGCUAUCAAUGCUUUGCAAGAGAGUGAAUCUGCUACCAACGAUGAGGAUUCAUCUGCUGGUUUAACACUUUCUUUAGAAGAAUAUUAUGUUCUUAACAAGGCAGAAGAGCUAGCUAACAUGAAAGUGACUGUGGUUUUCUCCCAAAUUGAUGUAGCAAAGGAGUCUGAAUUGAGGAGCAUGAGUAAGCUGCAGGAAGUAUAUCGUGUGAUGGCUGAAAGAAAAAAUGCUCUAGAAGCUGCACUAAACAAGGCAGCCAAGGAAGAAAAAUUAAGUUUAGAACAGGAGCUAAGAAAGUGGAGGGCUGACCACAAGCAUAAACGGAAAGUUGAGGAAUCUGUUCCAGGAGGGGUAACCCCGAUUGGAACUCCAAGAACAAGCAUUGAGGAGAAAAAUAAACCUGAGAAUUUGGUUAGGACAACUAAUAUUCAGCAUGGGGAAAAUCCUAAUCCACAUAUGAGCAACACAGAAACUGAUUCAUCGCAAGUGAAAGCUACCCAUAGGAAGAAAAAAUUCUUCCCACGGAUCCUCAUGUUCUUUGCCAGGAAAAAGGUACAAUCAUCUAAGUCGAAGUAA